AAAAAUUCUGACAGUUUCUUGAUAUCAAUCUUCAAAAUUCCUAUUCCAUCGCCAAGAUGUUGCACUGGGUGAGAAUUCUGCUGUCCCUGGCGGUGAUUUCAGCGAUACCAUUGCCCCAUGAAGCCCGCUCUAUUAAUUAUUUCGCAAAUAGCCCACAAUUCUUUUCGGAAUCUGCCUUUCAGGAAGAGCGAGUGACAAAUCAGUUGGUAGGGAAAAGCCAUCCAAUCCAGAUUGCAUAUCCUGCCUAUUCAGGGGAACCAAUUCGUAGAAAGUACUGCGUAGAAGUCCAGGGAGAAAUUCCGCCAGCACCUGUCGUCAGCUAUCAGCCCGAAACACCGCCAGUGUUGCCUCCACUCGGGUGGAACGUCAAUCAUCUCAUCGAACCAAACGGGAGAAGCAUCAACAAUCUCUACGUUGAUGCCCAUAGAGCUCCUGUCCCAAUCGCAGGACCACAGGUUUGGAAAGGAUGUUCCGGAUGCUGAUAUCGCAGAGACAAAUUGCCACGAUAUUCCAAUGACGACAGAAAAUUAAAAAUAAUUUAUUUGCCAGUUUCAAUGUAUUCAAUAAACGCGCGUCUCAAUGUACUCAUUAAA